AUGAUUGACAAGGUGGCCGUCGUUACUGGAGCUAAUCAAGGCAUAGGAUUUGGUAUCAUAAAGCUUUUAUGUAAGCGAGGUGUUAAAACUGUAUAUCUAACAGCGCGUGAUGAAAAACGAGGCACUGAAGCUGUGAAAAUCCUUAAUUCUGAGGGCUUUUAUCCAGUAUUUCACCAGCUAGACAUAACAAACGAAGAAAGUAUUAAAAAAUUUGAAUGUUAUAUGAAAAACCGACACAGCGGUAUAGAUAUUUUAGUAAAUAACGCAGCGGUGGCAUGCAAAACAUUUUCAGAAGUUACAUAUGAUGACGCUAAAAAUGUUAUAAAUGUAAAUUUCAAUAGCAUUCUCACAAUUGAAAAGUAUAUUUAUCCGUUAUUAAAUGAUAACGCGCGAGUUAUUAACAUAUCAAGUGAUAGUGGUCAUCUUUCUAAACUAAAAAACAAAUACUGGAUCGAAAGACUAUCGCGAGAUGACCUACAGCUAAAAGAUAUAAAAGAUUUUACAAGUUGGUUUUUAGAUUCAAUUAAAAAUAAUACAUUUAAGAAAGAAGAUUUUACAUGGAAGUUUCUUUAUUCCUACGUUGUUGCAAAAAUAGCAGUUUCAGCGUACACGAGAGUACAACAGAGACAAACUGGCAGGGGUAUAUGUGUUAACUCACUGCACCCGGGUUUUGUGAAAACUUCAAUGACAAAAGGAACUGGUCUUUUAACCAUCGAAGAAGCUGCUGAGGCACCGGUCUAUCUAGCGUUAGAUGCUGAUACAUCUAUUAGAGGAAAAUACAUUUGGUAUGACAAGGCUGAAGUAGAUUGGGCGGAUACUUCUUUAGUUUUAAAUUAUGUGGACGAGCAUACUAUGAAAUAA